AUGUCUGGAACGGAGUCGGAUGAAAAUGCGGACAAUAGAGUUCUUCCGGUGAUGCACCUCUGCUUUUGCUUGAACCAAGAUUGCGAAAGAAACUGCACCAUCGACGUUAUUUGCAAUCUCAUUGAGGAGCAUCUCCACAGAGUUAUUGUUUUGAAGCCUUUCACAGAUUCAUAUGACGAUCAGCAACGUGUUGCUGAUAUCAUUCAGUUUGAAAGACAAGGAGGCACCAACUUUUACAUGCGUAACGCGUCUUUGGAUUCGAGUGCUCAUGUUAAAUUCAUUUGGUUUUCUGUUCGUCGUGCUUACACGUACAAUCACUACAUCUACUACUCAUUAAAAGUCAAAUUCGAAUCCGAUAAAAAUAUAUUGCAAGCGGUUCGCGAUCAAGGAAUCGAUCUUCCAACUACUGGCGACAUUUUCUUUGAUGUUCUAACGUGCCCGUCUUUCGACUAUAAGACAAUUCUUCACAACUUGUUGAACUUUGUUCAACAUGAGAAAAAGCGUUGCAAGUUUUUGAAAAAAUAUGCAGCGGAUUUCUUGGAGGACAAUGACGAGCGCAUGACAAGACUCUAUCAGACUUCGGACAAUCUUUGGGAUAUGCUCGAUUGGAAAGAUCCCGUUACUGAACGCAUCUUUUAUGGCCAUGACUACUUGCUCGCUCUCAAUGACGUUUGGGGCGGAAAGAUCGAAGUUUUCGGAGACGAGGCCAUCAAGGCGAUGGAAAAUCUCUAUGAUCACUAUAGACUUAUUGAGAAGUUCGCUCUGUACGCAUUGAUCAAUUUGGACAAGAUCGACGAGAUCCCGCAUUUGUACCAUCCGCGCAACUUCUUCAAAAUCUUCGAGAAGGAUUAA